GGUCACAAAGCGCAAUGUUUCUCUCGCAUGCGCACUGGGCACCUGGCUGUCAGCCUGGUGCCCACACUAAAGGAUGGACAACUCUGCGGAAGUGGGUAUGCAGUCUUAGUCAUCCCCUGUACAGUCUGCAGUCUUUGGUCAUCCCCUGUACUGUGUGCAGUCUCUGGUCAUCCCCUGCACUGUCCGCAGUCUUUGGUCACCCCUGCACUGUCCGCAUUCUCUGGUCAUCCCCUGUACUGUCUGCAGUCUCUGGUCAUCCCCUGUACUGUCUGCAGUCUCUGGUCAUCCCCUGCACUGUCCGCAGUCUCUGGUCACCCCUGCACUGUCUGCAGUCUCUGGUCACCCCUGUACUGUCCGCAGUCUCUGGUCAUUUCAUGCACUGUCCGCAGUCUCUGGUCACUCCUGCACUGUCCGCAGUCUCUGGUCAUCCCCUGUACUGUCCGCAGUCUCUUGUCAUCCCCUGUACUGUCCGCAGUCUCUGGUCACCCCUAUACUGUCUGCAGUCUCUGGUCAGCCCUGCACUGUCCACAGUC